ACUACGAACGCCUUCAAGUUCAAGCAAGAUGCAGACCCUAAUUUCACAGCAAAAUUAGGGGAUAAACGGGGGAUUAACCAGUGUUAACUGUAAACAGUUAAAAUGUAUGAAUACUGUGGACAAGUUUGUUGACUUUAAUGGUCAAGUACGGUUAGGAGAAUCAUGAUGUCAACUUCGGCGGCAGAAUCUUAUCCAAAGUGGUUGUCAGAUUGUAAAAGUGAACUCUCACACUCGCAGGAAUGGCAGGAUCUAAGAGAAGAGUUGGAAUCCGCGAUUGAGCAGCAGCUGACUGAGAGUCAUGUCGAUCAGUUUGCCAAUCUAUCUAUUGCCGAGAGAAAGAUGUUUUUAGAAAGGGCUCUGAGAGCAGUGAAAAAUGGAGAUCAGUGUGGAAAGUUCAAUGACACCCUCAACCAAUCCAUCAACAAGCACGUCAAUUCACAUGUAGCACAUCAGCUGCUGGAUAAGAGUGGGUUUAAGCCCGUAGCAACCAAAUCAGAUCUGAUCUUAGACCAGUCUAAUGAAGCUUCUAUGGCACUGCUGGCAAGAUGGCCAGAGCUCAAGACCAAACUACACAGAUGUUUCAACAAGGUGCUACCAUCUGGUCUAAGACAGCUCACAUGGAAGUUAUAUCUCUCAAACCCUACAGUGAGGUCUAGAUACCUGACUAGACUAGAAAGGGAUCCACAGAGUACCAUGUCAGUCCUGGACCUGGACGUGGUCAAGAAAUGUGAAGCCCUCCUGCAGUCUGAACCAACCUUUAAACUACUGGCUUUUAAUACAGACAUCCUGCACGCGAUGAAGGCAGUCCUGUCCUACCACCAUGCGUGUAAGCAGACCAGGACUCCUCUCCUGGACACUGACUACCUCCUGGUCGUACCGUUCCUGGUCAACGCCUUGAUGGUCCAGGGACAGGGUCACAGGAUCCCCGGAGAGUCUGGAACCCUCACUGGACCAGGAACCGAUCAUCUCAUCUCCAGGGAGAGUCUAGGGACGCUGGUGGAACAGUAUUCUACCCUGAUGGCGGCUAGGCCUGCCUACAUGAAGGAGUCCUAUAAUCAGGAUUUCAAGGAAGGCCUGAGGCAGUGUUUGGCCAAGGUAUCUGGUACCUUGGAAGUAUUAGAUAGUGGAUUAGCUGACCAUCUUCGUAAAGCACUCAAUAAAGAAGCCAAGAAACUCCCUCUUUCAGAGAGCAUAAAGCAGGUCACCAGACCAAUGAUCAGAGCCAUGUUUGUUGGUUAUCUCUCCCUGGACACCAUUAUGUAUGUAUGGGACCAGCAUAUGAUCGGAUUGGAUGCUCCUGAGUUUGACAUUACACCAGCCAUUACUGUUCUCAUCUUCAUCUAUCUCAAGAAGCAACUCAUGUCUUGCAACACGGUAUCUGAAGUAUCAGCCAUAUUGAAAUCAGAGGCUGUCAAACUUAAGAGAGAACAAUUUAUGCACGGGAUCAAUAAACUCUUUCACAAGGAGUUGUAUAGUUUGCUGAUUAAAGAUUCCGGGAUGCCGGUCCUAGACCCAACACAAAUGCCCAUGCCAUGGCAAGAUUGGCACAGAGAUGACCUGCCUCCUGUCAUCAGAGCUGAAGACAGACAGAUCUCAAGACAGCGAAGAAGAGAAGAAGAACUAAGAGAGAUGAAUCUGAAGAAGGAACUUCAUGAUCAGAGACUACUUGAUGAAGACCUGAGGAAGCAACAAGCUAGAGUCCGUUGGCAGCAGCAGCUGACUGACGCUGAGAAGGCCUACUCAUCCAGAGAGGUCGAGCUCAUCAAGCUAUUGGAAGAAGAAAAGAAGAAGCGAGUAGAAGCCUCUAAGAGAGCUGAGAGAGAAAUUGACAAACUAGCCAAGGAGAUUGAGAAACUCAGAAAGGGUCAGGGUUCAAAACCGGGACCAAGCACUGUGCCUCUAUGUCCAUCGAGAGUAGGCAGAGAUCUACUGAAGGGUGUUAUGAAAGGAGCAAAUACAUUGGCGGAUGGUAGCAGCAACGAUGGGAGAUAGGAAACAGCCUCUAGAUACAGGACACAUCAGGACGAAACGUUCAAGAGCAUCUACACACCUUGGCAGAUCAUAUCGUAUUCUCUGUACCUAUGGAAACUCAUACAAACCCUCUCCGACUUGAACUAUGGAAAGUUAUCUAUACACCAGAGAAUGGCGUGUAAAUUUCUUCUGUUGGUGUACAAAAUUCUUAAAGACGCUAUCCGAUGAAAUUUAUGGAAAGCUGAAUGAAUGUAGACUACAACUAUAAAGGAAUAAACAAAUAUUUUGCCUUUCAGUAUUGCACAAAAGCAAAUUAAGACCUCAUUCCCCUGACACCCCUCCAAAUUACGGGUCAACAGCGGGUCAAAUUUGCCGCAGUUAGCCGAGGCAAUGAGCCUUGCUUAAUUAAUGCAAAGUCAUUGUGAAUAUGCAUACUCCAUAUAAGAUGAUGGCAUGUCGAUGGCUAGUGUUAAGGUCGACAGCUUCCGAUAUUCAAAGCUUUAGAUUUCUAGUUUUCAGAGAGCUUUUACUCCUCUGACAGACAUAAAUAGCAUAAAAUUGGUAUUAUUGUAAUUUAUACAACGCCUACUAAGAUUCUUGCAACCUCAUUGGUCAAUUCUUGAUCACAUAUGACAUGGGCUAAAAGUACCAUGGAACGACAUCAUUCUCCAGCCGUGCAAUUCCGUUUGAUCCUUUCGCACCAUUGCACUCUGAUGUUACUAAUGAUGUACAAAGUAUAUUGUGAGCUAAGUGACGUCAGAGUGCAAUGGUGCGAAAGGAUCAAAUGAAAUUGCACUCCGCGUCACAUUAAACAUAAAGGUUGGUACGCGCAUGGUUGCUGCCUGCUUAAUAGUGCCGCUCACUAUCGGCAAUUUCAUCAAUGGAAAACAAACAAAAAAUCGCUGAGAUUUAGGCCUAGGAAAACUGUUUUAAGCCUGUUAACGUCCGAGGUGUUGUAUAAAACAAAUAGUGAAUGGUCUUUAUUCGUGCAAUGGAACAAUAUUUUGCAUUCGGUGAAAGAUGAGACGCUCUAUUCAACUCGGCUGGGCCUCGUUGAAUAUAACGUCUCUUAUCUUUCACCUCGUGCACAAUCUUGGCCAUUAACUAUUUGUAUACUAUGGGUUAUAAGCUUUCUGUUGAUAUAUAGUUCAUCUAUUUAAGUUUUUUGACAGGGUCUUUAAUCAGCACUCUCCAGGGUAUAAUUCUUCUUAGUGACAUAGCUUUGGUUUAGGUUAUACUCUACAACUUAUAUUUGUAAAAGAUUUGUGUGUGCUAAAUCUCAGUCCGUAAUGCAGCUAUAUUUUGUAUCAUCACAUUUGAAAAUAGUUAUCUGAAAUUAUUGUGAAUAAGAUAAUGUUCUGAAAUACAAGAAUUAAGUUUUCAAAUUGACAAAAAAGGAGGAAUGUUGUUUCCUCUUUGUGGUGAGAUUCUGAUAAAAGGCAUCUAUCGUUGGUAGUAUGCUUGUAUAGUUUGAAGCAUUUUAAUUUCUUUUAUACCCCUUAUAUCCUUUCAUAAUUCUCCCAAGACAAGGGACCAACUUAAAAAAAGCAUAGAAUGCUUUUCAUGAAGUACAUAUUACCAUUAUUACAUAUUUUUUAAUCAUGAUGUUAAACAUGUCAAUAGACCUUCAAUAUAACGUUGCAUAAGCCCGUUCUUAGGUGCAAGCUACACGUGAGAAGAAAAAGGGUUAUUUAUACCAAAUUUUAGAAUUUAAGACCAAGUACUGGAUACAUGCUCAUCAAGCUUUGUUUUAAAGUUUUGUUGUAAUUUUUAUUUUCAUUUAUGCACCAAUACUGCAUUCCAUGGCAUAC